AUGCUGCGGAAUACGGGGAAAGUAUCCACGGCCGCGUCAGAGAAGGCAAAGGAGAAAAACAAGAUUUAUAACAGACGAAUAGAUAAGGAAAUAGAAAAUUUGAAGCAAUCAAAACUCUUCGAUGAUAAUAAUGUAUACAUAACGGUUAGCCAAGAGAAGGAGGAGGUGCAAAACAAUAAUCAUGUUGUCUUCGGGCAUAGUUUGGACAACACAGAGAAAAAUACAUAUUUGCUCCUACUAGAAACCUUUAGUGAUGAAUAUUUCCAAAGUGAUAAUUUUUUUGUCAGGAAUUUUAUGAGUCAUAUAAAAAUUGUAAAAGAGAAGAUAACAGAUGGGGAUUUCCCCAAAACUGUUGAUGGGAAUAGCAACACCUUCCUCCUGACGGAAGUGUACAAAUACGGAGAAUAUAAAAAUACUCUGUGUCCAUUUUUUGGCCUAUACGAGACGCUAUGUUUGGAGAGCAUCUUCGAAAGCUUCCAAAAUUUUUUAAGCGAAAUUUGUUUUUUUAGGCAAAUAUUUGAAACGUUUAAAAAUGGCUUCAUGAGGGAGCAGCGCAUGUUCGGGGGGAUGAGCGAGGAAGACAGGGAAGAGGAGAAUUUUCCAUGGGAAGGGCGUGAAAGCAGUGAAUUUUCCUUCUUCACCAAUACCUUCUUCGAAAUUAUAUACAAAGAUUUCACUACACAUUUGCAAACCAUUCAAAGGGAGAUCAUAACAAAAUUACAGGAGGAUGAAAAAUACCAAGAGAUAUCCUUUUAUGAAAAUUUUUCUGAGUUUUUUUAUAAAUACUACAGAAUAAAAGAAAGUGUUGUGUUUUCAUUUUUCGUUUUUGAGGACUACCCAUUUAGUAAGCCAUACGUCAACAUAGAAAAUCUACCCUUUUGUUUCUAUAAAAAAAAAACGCACAAAAAAUUGAAGGGAGAUAAAUAUAAUCAGAAAAACAUACUUAACAUUUUACUUCACCAGAAAAACGAAGGGUGGAUCCCAAAAAUUACCAUAGGAAAUUUAUUCGAAGAAUGCCAAAAGCUUGUUCAUGUAAUUUUUUUUUUUUACCAAUACAAAGUUUACCUUUUUUUUUAUUACCUGAUGAAGCAUAAAAUAUUUGUUAACUUUUUCAAAAGCAACUUUAAGGUGAACUUAGAGACUUACCCUCUUGUCUAUGCCUACGUAGCUGCAGUAGACAGAAGGCUAGUUGCACAAAAAACAAAAAGAAAAAAAAAUUAUUCGAAUUUGAUGUACAGCAUUGAUAAUUGCGAAUACAUUAAUCAAGAUUUCUUUUUGUAUAAAUUUUUUUACAAUUAUAAAAAGAUAAAGAGCAAAUUGGCCAGUCCUCUUUUCGAUGAUGAAGACAAGACCACUGCCCUUACUGGGAACUUAAUGCAGAUAAAAAAAAAACGAUAUAAGUAUUAUAUAUAUUUAUUUUUCCUUCUUUUCCUUUUUUUCCUCCCUCUAUUUAUUAAAAAUGUUUUUAUAUACCAGACGGAGGAAAUUCAGUAUUAUCUCCAGAAUGCGGGGAACACUCAUUUUAUGCACUUUGAAAAUGUGCCUAUUGAGAGGCAAGGGUUGGGAAAUCAUCCUCUGUUCUGGAUUUACAUGGCAGGAAUAAGCAGGGUAACCUCCGCAUGGAUGGGUGACGGUGUAAAAAAGGGCCAUCCCGGUCAGGGGGCACAUAUAGUACGUGAAAAGGCGGAUACGGAGGAAGCGAGCAAACAAGGGGAUAACUUCAUCAGAAGCAGUGACAGGAGGGAGGAGAGCCAAGAAGCAAGUGUGCAAAAUUCUACAGAGAGUACACCACACGACAGGGGAAAAAGUAAUGGUUUGAGCGAAAAUGUUAAGAAUACGCAGAACGAGGGGAAGUAUGAUGUGUCAGCAAAGGGUCUCUCCACCGUGUUGCUAGCCAUUUCCGAGUUUGUCUUCUUCACCCUGGGGAUCAUCUACAAUUUGCGUCUACUUAAAAAAAGGAUUGAACACAACAAUUUGGUGUUAAACAUUUGCUCGGCCAUGCUUAUCCUAUACAGCCCAAUUUUUAUUUCCAAGAAUACCAACUACGUAACGACUCUAUCCCUCGGUUUACUCUUCUGGGCCAUCAAUUUUAUUUUACACAAAAGAAUGUUCAUGUCCAUUUGUGUGUAUUUUAUAGCCAUAUACUUUGACCUGCGUAAUUUGUUUUUUUUCGUCCCCUUUCUGUUUAUCUAUGUUUAUAUAAGUAGCAUCUAUGUAAGGAGAAAGGGCAACAAGGUGAAGAGUUCACUAAAAAAUUGGUGUCACGUUUGCAUGUAUGUGGUCCUUUACAUUUUAUCAUAUGGUGUGAUAACAUAUUUUUUAUUUUACAUUUUUUCUGCUGAUCAAAUUGGAUGGGUGGGCACCGCUAAACGCUGUGUACAUUUUCUCGGUGCCCAUUUGGAACGCACAGGAGAGGCCUUUGUGGGAAGAAGCCAUCUCGCGUCGUCCAUUCGAGCAGCAACAAAAGGGAAUGGAAAUACAUAUACUGGAAAUUUUGUGGACGGAGGGGACAUGCACAUAAUUUAUAAUUCACAUCGAGUACAAAUAUUUUUCCUGUCCCUUAUCCCUCACAUUUUGAGCGCCCUCAUUAAUUACCUUCUUGUUAUGAAUACCAUUGCUAAGUUGUAUGUCUCCCUAGCAGCUUCAUGUAUCAUCUUUUUCUUUACCUCCUGGGGGGACAUAAAUUCUUGCUAUUAUUUACUAACUGUGUUGUAUAUUUUACAGUUCCUUUUUAUCAACGUUGUUCGGAGCUCAAGCCUAAUGUUCAAUGCUCUCAUUUCAUCCUCCAUAAUUUUAACCAGUGAUAAUUUUAACGUAUACUUAUUUUGUCUAUCCAUCCUUUAUUUUGUUCUUCAUAUUUAUUUAAUGUUUCCUUGGGUAAAUCUCCUUCCCAAUGUUAAUUAUCAUUUUCGUGUUUGCUUGCAUUUGGUAAGUGAAGUGUGGAUGUACAUUGUGUGUAAGAUGCAUUAUUUGUAUGAGACCAGUAUAAAAGAUAUUGCCCUUUCUUUUGUGGUCAUUCUCUUCCCGAACCACUCAUCUGCUAUGACGCCACUGCAUGAGAAGAACACUCGGUACAUCAUUCAGCGGAAGGAAAUCCAACGGAAGAUUAUUUUUUGUUUGUGCUCCCAUUUGUCUCUCGACUUUUUGCACCUCCCCUUGACGUGCUUCUCCCUGGCGCUUUUUCUUCUGCUUGGCUUUCUGCGGCUAUACUCUCCCCAGAGGUCCCUCCGAAUUGCCCUCUUCACAUUGAAUUGUUUAGUAGUGACCACCUUGCUAGCUAUACUUCUGUUAUUCUACACAAAGCGGAAGAAGUUCAGAAAACUCGACUUCCUGAGCACCCCACACUCAGCACGCAAGAGGGCAUUCCCGCAGGAGCGACCCAAGAAAUUGUGA